AGUGCGCCCUCCCCGCACAUGCGCGCUGACGGCCCAACAAUGGCGGCGCCCGAGGAGUCGCUGAGGAGGCGGAAGACCGGGUACUCGCACCCGGAGCCUGAGUCGCCGCCCGCGCCGGGGCGUGACCCCGCAGGCUCUCCGGCCCACCUCCACGCGGGCACCUUCUGGCUGACCCGGAUCGUGCUCCUGAAGGCCCUAGCCUUCGUGUACUUCGUGGCAUUCCUGGUGGCUUUCCAUCAGAACAAGCAGCUGAUCGGUGACAGGGGGCUGCUUCCCUGCCGAGUGCUCCUGAAGAAUUUCCAGCAGUACUUCCAGGACAAGACGAGCUGGGAAGUCUUCAGCUACAUGCCCACCAUCCUCUGGCUGACGGACUGGUCAGACACGAACUCCACCCUGGACUCGCUCGCUCUUCUCGGACUGGGCAUCUCGUCCUUCGUCCUGAUCACGGGCUGUGCCAACGUGCUUCUCAUGGCUGCCCUGUGGGGCCUCUACAUGUCCCUGGUCAAUGUGGGCCAUGUCUGGUACUCCUUCGGAUGGGAGUCCCAGCUUCUGGAAACAGGGUUCCUGGGGAUCUUCCUGUGCCCGCUGUGGACGCUGUCGAGGCUGCCCCAGCACACCCCCACAUCCCGGAUUGUCCUGUGGGGCUUCCGGUGGCUGAUCUUCAGGAUCAUGCUUGGAGCAGGCCUGAUCAAGAUCCGGGGCGACCGGUGCUGGCGAGACCUCACCUGCAUGGACUUCCACUACGAGACCCAGCCGGUGCCCAACCCUGUGGCAUACUACUUACACCACUCGCCCUGGUGGUUCCACCGCUUCGAGACACUCAGCAACCACUUCAUCGAGCUCCUGGUGCCCUUCUUCCUCUUCCUCGGCCGGCGGGCCUGCAUCAUCCACGGGAUACUGCAGAUCCUGUUCCAGGCCGUCCUCAUCGUCAGCGGGAACCUCAGCUUCCUGAACUGGCUGACCAUGGUGCCCAGCCUGGCCUGCUUCGAUGACGCCGCCCUGGGGUUCUUGUUCCCCUCCGGGCCAGGCAGCCUGAAGGACCGAGUCCUGCAGAUGCAGAGGGAAAUCCGAGGUGCCCAGCCCAAGCCCAGAUUCGGCUCUGUGGUGCGGCGUGCAGCCAACGUCUCCCUGGGCGUCCUGUUGGCCUGGCUCAGCGUGCCCGUGGUCCUCAACUUGCUGAGCUCCAGGCAGGUCAUGAACACCCAUUUCAACUCUCUUCACAUUGUCAACACUUACGGGGCCUUCGGAAGCAUCACCAAGGAGCGGACGGAGGUGAUCCUGCAGGGCACGGCCAGCCCCAACGCCAGCGCCCCCGACGCCGUGUGGGAGGACUACGAGUUCAAAUGCAAGCCAGGCGACCCCAGCAGACGGCCCUGCCUCAUCUCCCCGUACCACUACCGCCUGGACUGGCUCAUGUGGUUCGCGGCCUUCCAGACCUACGAGCACAAUGACUGGAUCCUCCACCUGGCCGGCAAGCUCCUGGCCAGCGACGCUGAGGCCCUGUCCCUGCUGGCACACAACCCCUUCGCAAGCAGGCCCCCACCCAGGUGGGUCCGCGGAGAGCACUACAGGUACAAGUUCAGCCGUCCUGGGGGCAGGCACGCCGCCGAGGGCAAGUGGUGGGUGCGGAAGAGGAUCGGAGCCUACUUCCCUCCACUCAGCCUGGAGGAGCUGAGGCCCUACUUCAGGGACCGUGGGUGGCCUCUGCCCCAGCCCCUCUAGACGUGCACCAGAAAUAAAGGCGAAGACCCAGCCCCUGGCGGCUCAGCAA